AUGGAGCUGGAUUGGGGGGGUAUGGAAAAUGUUUCCUUGAUGUCCGAGACUUUGAUGUUUUAUGAUCUUGCGGACUCAGAAAUCGAAGCUGAUGAUCAAGCACCUGCGAAUGGAGGAGACUUUUUUGGUACUUACGAGGAAGAUGAAAUCCAAUGGCCCGGUGACAUGGAAUGGUAUGCUAACAGCAGUGAGAAUAGUGACAGCUCGGACUCCGAGGAUGAUGUCGUACCUGGCCUCGAUGAUGCCGAAUGGGAACCCCUCAGGACCAACUCGGAAACUGCCGAAGAAGACAGCACAGAGAUGAAUAGCCACAAUCGUGAUUUGCGUCAGCAGAUUGAGCAACGCGUGCUUCAGGAAGAUGCAAUCACUAUUGUGCAAUACCCUGAUGCUCGAGCAGGGCACCCCAUUCCGCAAGCUGACAUAUGCAAUGCAAACGCUGCAUACACUACUGUUAUCAAUGACACUGCAAAUCCAUAUGCCCCCUUCGCCUCUCGAGUGGAUUGGGAAAUUGCACGAUGGGCUAAAUUACGUGGCCCAACUUCAACCGCAUUUUCGGACUUGCUUGGUAUCAGUGAAGUCCAUGAAAAGCUUGGUCUUUCUUACAAGAACUCAAGGGAAUUAAAUAAGAUCAUCGACAAGCAGCUUCCUGGUCGCCCAAAGUUCAGGCGUGAACAAAUUGUCGUCGCAGGCGAGGCUUUCGACGCUCUGUAUGGUGACCCAGAUUUUGCCGAUUUUCUAAUCUUUGCACCGGAACGCCACUAUGCAGAUGAGGAACAAACUGUCCGAUUAUUCCAUGAUAUGCAUACUGGUAAAUGGUGGUGGGAUACUCAGAAAAAGCUUGAUCAGCGCAAACCGGGUGCUACCAUCAUUCCAAUUAUUAUUUCGAGUGACAAGACUCAAGUAACAAUGUUCCGAAAUAAAACGGCUUACCCAGUCUACCUUACUAUUGGCAACAUUCCAAAGGAAAUCCGCCGAAAGCCAUCUCGCCGUGCCCAUAUUCUUCUCGCUUAUCUUCCUACUACCCGUCUCGAGCACAUCACCAACCAGGCUUCACGACGCCGAACCAUUGCAAAUCUGUAUCAUGCCUGCAUGGGCCGUGUCUUAGCACCACUGGAGGAAGCUGGCUUAGAUGGUAUUGUCAUGAAGAGUGGCAAUGGUAUCCUGCGUCACAGUCAUCCCUUAUUUGCUUGCUUCGUUGGUGACUAUCCUGAGCAAGUCUUGGUUACAGGAGUCAAAACCACGGAAUGUCCCAAAUGUGACAUACCACCAGCCGAACUCGGAAGCAAUGCCGCACCUUUCGAGAUGCGCAACCUUGACGCUGUCCUCAAUGCAUUGGCUGCGAUUGAUAACGGAGAUCUCGCAUUUGUACAUGCAUGCCGCGAAGCCGGAAUCAAGCCCAUUAUACAUCCGUUCUGGGAGCCCCUACCCUAUACCAACAUCUUCCAAGCCGUUACACCAGAUGUGCUUCACCAAUUAUACCAGGGUCUUAUCAAGCAUCUCCUUGGUUGGCUGGCCGAGGCAUUCGGAGCAGCUGAGAUUGAUGGAAGAUGUCGAAGGCUCCCCCCAAAUCACCAUAUCCGUCUAUUUAUGAAAGGUAUCACUAGCCUCUCACAAAUCAGUGGUACGGAGCAUAGUCAGAUAUGCCGUUUUCUACUUGGGAUCAUCAUCGACAUCCGACUCCCCAACCGUCUUGCCCCAAGCCGUCUCAUACGUGCCGUCAGAGGUCUACUUGACUUCCUGUACUUGGCGCAGUAUCCUUGCCACAGCUCCGAAACAUUGACUCUCCUCACAGAAGCUCUCGAUCUUUUUCACAACAACAAGCAGAUCUUCGUCGACCUUGGAAUACGAAACAAUUUUAAUCUUCCAAAGCUCCAUGCAGGCCGCCACUAUAUGUCGAUGAUCCAGACUUUUGGCACAACUGACAAUUACAAUACAGAAUAUACUGAGCGCCUCCACAUCGACUUGGCCAAAGAUGCAUAUCGUGCAACAAACCACAAAGAUGAGUUUGUUCAAAUGACUCAGUGGCUUGAACGCAAAGAGAAGAUCGCUCGACAUGAGAGACAUGUCAUGUGGCGCCUCCACGGCAAUCCCAUUCGACACCAACCUCGUCCAGCAAACCUGUCUUUCGACCGGGUUCAAACAUUAACGAAGCAUCCUAGCAUGAAAGCUGUGCCAAUUCAGAAGUUAAUCACGGAGUAUGGGGCCACGUACUUCCGUGAGGCGCUUGCAAGAUAUGUUGCACAGCUGCAUCAUCCACACGAAGCCACCACUCGUCGCCGCCUCGAGGACCUUGCUGCUGCUAUCCACCUUCCAUUCCGCACACUUCCUGUGUAUCAUAUAAUCAAAUGGCGAUCUGAUGGUGCACAGGGACAUGGUGACCCAUGUGUCACAGUGGACAGCGCGCAUGUCAAACCUCGCCGUGUGACCACCAGUCAAAAAGGCGCUGAUGUCCCAGCACGAUUUGAUACUGUGCUUAUUAAUGAUGGGACUGGCCGUUCUGCAGGUAUUGAAGGCUACCGUGUGGGUCAGAUUCGCGUAAUAUUCUCAAUCCCGCAGAGUGCUGUUACAAUGAUGUUCCCUACCGCAAUCCAGCCUCCCAAACAUCUCGCCUAUGUAGAGUGGUUCACUCGGUUUCCUCCUACAGCUGAUUCGAACCAUGGAAUGUUCAAAAUCAGCCGCUUCGUGCAAUCGGGUGAGAGAGUUGCGAGCAUCAUACCCGUCACAAACAUCCACCGAAGUGUCCAUCUCAUUCCAAAGUUCGGACCUGUCGCACCUCGUCAAUGGACCAGUAGCGAAGUCCUCGAGCAAUGUGACACUUUUUAUGUUAAUUCUUACAUUGAUAGGCAUACAUUUGUGACGGUUAGAUAGCACAUUGUAACUUCAUUAAAGAAUGUUGAAGUUUAGCGAGAAAUCAUCAACCUUAUCUAUAGCUUGU